UCUCUCUAAAUUUACGCCUCCUAAUUUGUUUUCGAACACCUUCGGCACCAGAGAGAAAGCGAGGCCGGCGGCUGUCGUCUCCGGUGACAAAUCAUUUUCUCCGAUCUCGUUUCUACUUCACUUUCCGUUUCAUAAAAAAUGGCAGAUGCUGAGGAUAUUCAGCCCCUUGUCUGUGACAAUGGAACGGGAAUGGUGAAGGCUGGGUUUGCUGGUGAUGAUGCUCCAAGAGCAGUGUUUCCCAGUAUUGUUGGUCGUCCUAGGCACACUGGUGUUAUGGUUGGGAUGGGACAGAAGGAUGCCUAUGUGGGUGAUGAAGCCCAGUCUAAGCGAGGUAUCUUGACCUUGAAAUACCCCAUUGAGCAUGGUAUUGUCAGCAACUGGGAUGACAUGGAAAAGAUUUGGCAUCACACAUUCUACAAUGAGCUUCGUGUUGCUCCUGAGGAGCACCCUGUCCUUCUCACUGAGGCACCCCUCAACCCCAAAGCUAACAGGGAGAAGAUGACCCAAAUCAUGUUUGAGACUUUUAAUGUUCCUGCUAUGUAUGUUGCUAUUCAGGCUGUGCUCUCUCUCUAUGCCAGUGGUCGUACAACUGGUAUUGUGCUGGAUUCUGGUGAUGGUGUUAGUCACACAGUACCAAUUUAUGAAGGUUAUGCUCUUCCUCACGCCAUCCUUAGGUUGGACCUUGCUGGCCGUGAUCUCACUGAUUCUCUAAUGAAGAUUCUCACUGAAAGAGGUUACAUGUUCACCACUACUGCUGAGCGGGAAAUUGUUCGCGACAUGAAGGAAAAGCUUGCAUAUGUGGCCCUUGACUACGAGCAAGAGCUUGAAACAGCAAGGAGCAGCUCCAAUAUUGAGAAGAACUAUGAGUUGCCUGAUGGACAGGUAAUUACAAUUGGAGCUGAGAGAUUCCGUUGCCCAGAAGUCCUAUUCCAGCCAUCUAUGAUUGGAAUGGAAGCUGCGGGUAUUCAUGAGACUACCUACAACUCCAUCAUGAAGUGUGAUGUAGAUAUUAGGAAGGACCUCUAUGGUAACAUUGUGCUCAGUGGUGGUUCUACCAUGUUUCCUGGUAUUGCCGAUCGUAUGAGCAAGGAAAUCACUGCUCUGGCACCCAGCAGCAUGAAGAUUAAGGUUGUCGCCCCACCAGAAAGGAAAUACAGUGUUUGGAUUGGAGGAUCUAUCCUUGCAUCCCUCAGCACUUUCCAACAGAUGUGGAUUUCAAAGAGCGAGUACGAGGAGUCUGGUCCAUCCAUUGUCCACAGGAAGUGCUUCUAAGGCACAACUACUUGGUGAGUGUCCUUUGUCUUUCCCACUCUUUUGGUAUGACGUUCCAAAUGAUCCUAAACUUUCACUGACAAGGAGAAGUUGUGAGGUCAGGUUUCAAGAGGAGGGCAUAUUUUAUAUCAAUUCGUUUGGUUCACAUUGUUGUCAUAUUCAAUGGAUCCUAGCAUCAUUUGUGCUUCAAUGUGUUGUUUCUUAGGUGUUUGUAGUUGGGGAGUGAUUGUGAGGAUUUCUUUCUUUUUUUGCUUCCUAAAGUUUUACUAUAUUCUAUGGCUUUUGAUUCUCGGACAAGCUUAUGUUAAUAUUUUAUUGUAAGAGAAGAAAAAAAAAAACAUUAUGUUAGUGUCAGUUUGCUGAAAUUAUAUAUGAUCAGAUUGAAGGUUUUCAAAUUA